CUGGUGUGGUGUAGUUGUACCUUUAAGAUCACUCAUCCCCGCCCUUUUCAUGUCCUCAGUGUAGGGGAGAAGGGUCGCCGGCGAGGAUGUGAAGCGACAUCCAGACACAGCUAACCGCAAAUGCUGCCGGACUCCUAAUAAAAUCGGGACUGGACACCACCACUGGGCUGAAUCCUGCGCUGUAAUAAACAGUGAAAGGCAUCUAUUUUAUUAGUAAGAUAUACGAGCUUUGCAUCGAUCGUAUGAGCACUGAUUUCAUACUUCAUAAGACUGAUAAAGCUAGAGUGACAGUUGAUCUAGCCAUUUUCCAACUUCAUUGUGUACAGCCGGACAAGUACGCUCUAGAUGUUUCUUUACAAAAGUAGGACUGUAGCCGGUGGGGAGAGAGUAACACUGCAGGGUACUUGCUACCUCUGCACUCGCUUUGGAGCAUAGCAUACAAAAAGCAAUCCUGCACGCUCCUUUUAGGGCGACCAACUUCAAUCUCAAAGCUUGAAUGAAAGUGCUUUCUUCAUGCACAGAGUCCAGUCCCGGAGAAACAACACAGGGAGACCCCAACGAUCUGAGCAUCGAAGUUUGCACACGAAGAGCUGCAGUAAUUAGUGCAGGGGUGGUUUGGCAUGCUUGCAGGAGCUCGGCGCAAAUGACUGUAAGUGAAGCUGGCAAUUAAGAAAAACGGGUCAGGCGAUGAUCCGGGGAUCGGUGUGUUAAUGGACUAGUUUCCUAACAAUCAGGGGUGCCUCUUUCGUCCCACAGGCUGCCUUGUUUGCUUGGGGUGGCAAGUAGUUGAGGCUGAGAACAUAGGCAUAAUCAGCUUUCAUUCAGGGUUGAUUAAAGGAAGGCUUCCACCUGCAGAUUUACAGCCCUCCCUAACCAAACAGCCUCCGUGUUCUCUGGGAGGGUGGUCGGAUUUGUUUUGAAGUAGCCUGCUCCUGCGAUUCCAGAGUUGCCCUGCCAUCACCGUGGAAGUUCCAUCAUGGUUGUAGAGGUAGCCUCCAGGACUGGUUGCAGAUGGAGUCUGGUUUUAAUGGUAAUUGUGGCUCAUUGUAGAACAACUAAGGCGGCAGAUGAGGACUUCAGUGAAGAGUCCUGGUUGCGAAUGUAUGGCUACUUGCCCCAAGCCAACAGACAGAUGUCAACCAUGAGAUCAAGCCAGAUCCUCUCCAAUGCCAUUUCUGAAAUGCAGAGGUUUUAUGGGAUUGAAGUAACUGGUGUAAUGGACGAAAAGACGAAAGAGUGGAUGAAGAGGCCCCGUUGUGGAGUUCCAGACAAAUUUGGCAGUCAGAUCAAAGCAAAUGUACGGAGAAAACGUUAUGCCCUAACUGGACAUAAGUGGAGUACCAACCAGUUGACCUUCAGCAUUGAAAAUUACACACCAAAGGUUGGAGAAGUGGAGUCUUUUGAUGCAAUUCGCAAAGCAUUUAAAGUCUGGGAGCAGGUAACACCUCUUCACUUUGAGGAGAUACCUUACCACUCAAUCAAGUACAGAGAAAGGAAAGAGGCCGACAUCAUGAUCUUCUUUGCUUCAGGUUUCCAUGGAGACAGCUCCCCGUUUGAUGGUGAGGGUGGAUUUUUGGCACAUGCUUACUUCCCAGGACCUGGAAUGGGUGGAGACACACACUUUGACUCAGAUGAACCAUGGACAAGCAAGAAUAUGGAUUUAAAUGGUAAUGACUUGUUCCUAGUUGCCGUUCAUGAACUGGGGCAUGCCCUAGGACUGGAGCAUUCCAAUAACCCCUCCGCCAUUAUGGCUCCCUUCUAUCAGUGGAUGGAAACUGAGAACUUUGAGCUUCCAGAGGAUGACCGCCGUGGAGUCCAGCAGAUUUAUGGUCCUCCAGAAAACCAACCCUUGCCUACCAGGAAUCUGCCUACAGUGACAUCCCAGAAGCCAGGAAGACCAGAUAAUAAGCCACCUAAGACCCCAACUAGACCCAGGACCACAGAUCGACCAGAUCAGUAUGGCCCAAAUAUCUGUGACGGGAACUUUGAUGCAGUGACAGUGCUCCGGGGAGAGAUGUUUGUAUUUAAGGGACGUUGGUUCUGGCGAGUGCGGCAUAACAGAGUCCUAGACAACUAUCCAAUGCCAAUUGGUCACUUCUGGAGAGGGCUUGCUUCUGACAUUGAUGCUGUUUAUGAAAGGCAUGAUGGGAAAUUUGUAUUUUUUAAAGGCACUCAAUAUUGGGUAUUCCGGGAGGCCAACCUAGAGCCAGGCUAUCCUCAGGAUCUGGUGACCUAUGGCCAUGGCAUUCCUUAUGAUAGGAUUGACACAGCAAUCUGGUGGGAAUUAACAGGACACACCUAUUUCUUUCAGGGAGACCGGUACUGGCGCUUCAAUGAAGAUCGGAGAGCUUCUGACCCAGGAUACCCCAAGCCGAUUUCUGUAUGGGCUGGGAUCCCGGAUACACCAAAGGGGGCAUUUCUAAGUGAAGAUGGAGCUUAUACCUAUUUCUACAAAGGCACUCGUUACUGGAAGUUUGAUAAUCAGAGGUUAAAGACUGAGCCAGGUUACCCCAAGUCCAUCCUCCGAGAUUUCAUGGGAUGCCGCAUGGAACAGGAUCCAGAUGUUUACAAGCCUCCAUCUGAUCCAGAUAAAAAAGGAGAUGAUGGUACUGAUGAACCAGAAGAUGGAGUCAAGACCAACAGUGACACAGAAGGUGAAAAUGACCCUGUUGAUGGCGAUAGAGGUGAUGAGGAUGACACUGUCAACACAGAGGAGAACAAGGAUACUCCAAAGGAGCAUGAUGUGGAUAUUGUGAUUAAAAUCGAUGAGUAUACUCGGGCAAUGAAUGUAGUCAUGGUGACAGUGCCUUUAAUCCUUCUGCUAUGCAUUCUGGGACUUAUCUGCAUUAUCAUUCACAUGCAGCGCAAAGGGAGUCCACGGAUGUUUCUUUAUUGCAAACGUUCCUUGCAAGACUGGGUGUGAUCCUGCUUCCCGUCUCCCACUGAUUAUCCCUGUGCUGUCACAUGCCUUCCCUUCCCCGUCCUGUUUUUUUUUUUUUUUUUUUUUUUUACUUUAAGGUGCUAUUCACUAAGAAAUGAAAAACAUGUUGACUUACAUUCUAUUUAUAUAAAAUAGAAGUUUUUUUUUGCACAUUGAGUUCAAGCAGACUAGUUUCAAAUCCUGUGGGACAAGGGUUGCUGCCUUAAACCUAAGCAUAUUUGAUUUUUAAUGUUUUCUUUGCCAGAUCACUCACCUUCGUUCUAAAACCACUGUUAGAAAUGGACAUAUGGGAAAGGUUCAUUAAUGUGCUGACUUCAAACUUUAAUGACUUUUUUUUUAAACUGUGCUGGUUAAAUAAAUCAUACCUUCCAGACUAAAAAAACA